AUGACAAACGCCUUGGAACAGGCCCUGGAGAAUGCGGGCGGUACUGGCAAGGCGGAUGAGGGAGAGUCAGUUUCGACAUUCGUGGCCUCACUGGCGACAGCCUUUGUCAUCUUCGCAGUCGAGUUCUGCUGCUUCAUGAUACUUAAAGGCAAAUUGACUCGCAUCUAUCAACCACGCACAUAUCUUGUUCCGGAUCGAGAACGUACUACACCAUCGCCCCCAGGUCUCUUUCGCUGGGUGGGUCCAGUCUUCCGGACAUCCAGUGCCGAAUUUAUCCAGAAAAGUGGGCUGGAUGCCUACUUCUUCCUGCGUUAUCUGCGCAUGCUAUUAAAGAUUUUCCUUCCUCUUGCAUUUGUCCUUUUACCGGUACUAAUCCCUAUCAAUUACGUGGGUGGCAAGGGGACUACGUACCAGAAUGGCACCAGCGGAGAACGCUUCGAUGUGACUGGCCUUGAUCAACUGGCAUGGGGAAAUGUCAAACCCCAGCACACCCACCGCUACUGGGCCCAUCUGAUUAUGGCAGUCCUUGUAAUUGUUUAUAUCUGUUUCAUCUUCUUCGAUGAACUGCGCGGAUAUAUUCGCAUGCGACAGGCUUACCUGACUUCUCCACAACACCGACUGCGUGCCUCCGCAACCACCGUGCUGGUCACGGCUAUCCCGUCUGAUUGGCUCAAUAUCGAAGCCCUAGAAAAUCUCUUCGACGUCUUCCCAGGUGGCAUUCGAAACAUCUGGAUCAACCGCAAUUUUGAUGAGCUUAAUCACAAGGUGAAAAGACGAGUCAAGGUUGCCGCCAAGCUUGAGGCGGCCGAAACUUCCUUGAUCCGAAAGUGCAAGGAGGCUCAACUCAAGCAAUUGAAAGCGGAGGAAAAGCAGAAUAAGAAGAAGGGCAAGAAGGACAAGAUCAGCGCAGAGGAUCGAGAAAAGAUGGCCACCGAUAAACGCGCAUCGGAAAUGGCCAUGGGACCCGGUGUAAGCUCCGGUAACCCCCAUGAGGCUCAUACAUUGGAAGAGGUCCUACAUCGUGAGCCAGAAGGACAUCAACGGAACACAUCAGACGGCUCCCGGAACGGGAUAUUUAAUCCAGCCAUGGCAGCGGCUGGGGCAGUUGGUAUGGGUGUUGGAAAGUUGGGUAAAAACCUUAUGGGUGGUCUGAAGAAGGUGGAAGGUGGCUUCGACCACACACUGACCCGAAAUAGAGGGUUUGUAGAAUCUAUUGACGGUGGAUUGCCACCUCGCCAACCUAUGCCCCCGGGUUACUCUCCUGCCGACACCACUGGCUCCGAACUCGCACCUCCCACCCCCAUAUCCCAGAUACCAGAGCCUAUCCAGGGUGAUAGCACCGUGAAUCAGGACGGAAAACCUCCACCCAAACGACCAUUCUGGAAAUCCCGCGGCUCGUCUUACUCCAAGCAUUCUAAACAUGACCCAGAGCCGGAUGAGCACCCUCUCACUGCACCCGAUACCCCUGCUGGCGUUGAUCACAAACUAGGAUCUGAUCAUGAGAAAGCAAGCCCGCACAAAGACAAGAAAGAUGGAGAGCAGUACCCAAUCGCAUACAAUGAGGAUUACGACGAGGAAAAUUAUGGAGAGCCUUUGUGGAAGAAAUACAUUCGACAAAAGGACCGGAAAACUUGGCGUCUUCCUUGGUUCAAGUGGAGAAAAUGGCCGACGAUUUGGCUCAUUGGAAGAAAGGUCGAUACGAUCGACUAUUGUCGGAAGGAGCUCGCCCGGUUGAAUUUGGAGAUUGAAAUCGAUCAGCAAAACCCCGAGCGAUUUCCAUUGAUGAACUCGGCAUUUAUCCAGUUUAAUCAUCAGAUCGCCGCGCACAUGGCUUGUCAGUCAGUCAGCCAUCAUUUGCCUAAGCAGAUGGCCCCACGAAUCGUGGAGAUUUCUCCUGAUGACGUGAUUUGGGACAAUAUGUCCAUGAAGUGGUGGGAGCGCUACCUGCGUACCUUCGUUAUAGUCACGCUUGUCUGUGCGAUGGUUGUUGGGUGGGCCUUCCCCGUUGCGUUUACCGGGUUGCUGUCGCAGUUAUCCUACCUAGAAGACUCUUUUUCAUGGCUAGCCUGGCUUGAAAAGCUACCGUCAUGGUUCAUUUCAGCCAUCCAAGGUAUUCUGCCCGCGACUUUCCUGGCUAUAUUGAUGGCUCUGCUUCCCGUGUGCCUUCGAUUCCUGAGUAAAAAGCAGGGCGUGCACACCGGUAUGACCAUUGAAUUGACUGUCCAGAUGUACUAUUUUGCCUUUUUGAUCGUGCAGCUGUUCUUGGUUGUCACCAUCGCGUCCAGUUUCUCGACCAUUGUUGAGAAGGCCACCGAUGUGACUAGCUGGCCGACACUUUUGGCGCAAAACAUCCCCAGGUCUAGCAACUACUUCUUCUCUUACAUGAUUCUGCAAGCCAUGUCUGUGAGCGCCGGCGCUCUCGUGCAAAUCGUCAACCUGAUCAGCUGGUUCAUCCUUGCUCCGAUUUUGGAUAAAACCGCCAGAAAAAAGUGGGCUCGCACAACCAACCUUCAUCAAAUGCAAUGGGGCACUUUCUUCCCCGUGUAUACCACCUUGGCCUCAAUUGGAUUGAUCUACAGUGUGGUUGCACCUCUAAUUCUGGUGUUCAACGUUGUCACCUUCGGCCUCUUCUGGUUCGUCUAUCGUUACAACACGCUUUAUGUCACUAAGUUCCGUUUUGACACCGGAGGUCUUCUUUUUCCUCGGGCCAUCUAUCAACUCUUCACUGGUCUCUAUAUCAUGGAGAUUUGUUUGAUCGGAUUGUUCUUUUUAGUUGAAAAUGAGGACGGUAAGUUGGCUUGCAAAGGCCAAGGCAUCGUUAUGUGUUUUAUCCUCGCUUUUACCUUUGGAUAUCAAAUGCUCCUUAGCGACGCAUUUGGGCCUCUGCUCAGGUAUCUGCCAAUCACCUUGGAAGAUGCUGCCAUUCGUCGAGACGAAGAGUUUAAGCGUGCCCAGCAUGCUCGACUUGGACUUCCCAUGGAUGAUGAGGAUGAGGAUGAAGAUGAUCAUCAUCCUGUUGAUCAUGGCAUUGCGCCGCCUGGGGAUGACGGAAGUCAUCAGGAUCAAGAAAUUGAACUAAAGACCCUCGAUACGGAUCAGGGUGAUCUCAAGCAUAAAGGGUCGAAGGAUUUACUGUCGACACCCAAGCUGGGUAGUAAAAGGCCUUCCUGGGCCUCCCGGUCAUCGAACCGCCGGUCCAAAUUCUAUGGGGUUAACUCUGCAACCUCUACUCCUACAAUGAAGUCCUUGCGAGACAAGAUGGCCCUUGAUGCUGAAAAUCAAGAACCAUCGUCUAACAAACUGGGGCACGCUCUCUUUGCAGGUGUUCAUGAUGAAUUGGAAGAUCUCACCCCGGAUGAGCGCGAUCAGUUGGUACAACGCGCAUUUCAACACGAGGCUCUCCGCGCUAAACAGCCGGUGAUUUGGAUUCCUCGUGAUGAUCUUGGAGUAAGCGAUGACGAGAUCUACCGGACACAACGGUUCACCAAGCAUAUUUGGAUCAGUAACGAGUACCAAGCUCUUGAUGGCAAGUGCCGGACAAUCUUCAGCCGCAGUCCACCAGAUUUCUCAGAAGUGGAUCUCAUUCAACUAUGA